AUGGGUGGUUAUAAGUACGUGCAAGAAGUGUACCGGAAGAAGCAGAGCGAUGUUUUACGUUAUUUGUUGCGUAUUCGCGUCUGGCAGUAUAGACAGAUGACUCGCGUACACCGUGCGCCACGUCCCACAAGACCUGAUAAAGCUAGACGGUUGGGAUACAAAGCUAAACAAGGAUUCUCCAUAUUUAGAGUGCGUAUCAGGCGUGGUGGCCGCAAGCGUCCAGUACCUAAAGGUGCUACUUAUGGUAAACCCAAAAGCCAUGGAGUAAAUGAAUUGAAACCUAAACGCUGUCUGCAAUCAAUUGCUGAGGAAAGAGUUGGACGUCGUUGUGGAGGUCUCCGUGUCCUAAACUCUUACUGGGUAGGACAAGACUCUACUUUCAAAUUCUACGAAGUUAUCACUGUUGAUACCGCACACCCAGCCAUCCGUAGAGAUGCCAAGAUCAAUUGGAUCUGUAAUGCUGUUCACAAGCACAGAGAAUUGCGUGGAAAGACAUCCGCUGGUCGCAAGUCCCGUGGUCUUGGAAAAGGUCACGGUUUCUCACAGACAAUCGGUGGAUCAAGGAAGGCAUGUUGGAAGCGCAAGAAUACCUUGCAGCUUCACAGAAAACGAUAA